AUGGGCUGGAUAUGGGCCACGGCGGAGGAUUUGGGCCGCAACAGGGCUCGUGUGCUGUCUCUGUAUCGGCAAAUUCUGCGGAGCCUGAAUUCGCCGGCGUUGCCGCUUAGCUUCGCGGCGAGGCUGGCGAAGAAGGCGGAGGUGCGCGCAAUGUUCUGGGUGGGUUCCGAUGAACGCUCAGUGCACAACAUCGCUGACCUAAUCGAUGCAGCAGAGUACUCUCUCUCCUUUCUCAAAAAAGGCCAACUCCCUCCUCGUUACAUUACCUGA